GAGAGAGGGAAAGGGGAAAAAAAAAAAAAAAGAGAAGUAUCUACUGGAGCAGAAUCCGAGGUUGACAGAGUGGAGCCGGUCCCCAGAGAGGCUGAGUGAGGUUCCCACCAAGACCCGCCACCGACCCGGACGCCAGAAAGGAAGUCUGAAGUGUCCUCUAUCACUGACUCUGAGAAACAACAGAGUCUUACCCAACCCUCCCAAAAAGGGAACCCGGGUGAUGAGUUUCUCAGUCAAGGUGUGGGGUGUGCGCUCACAAUGCCACGCUCCUUCCUGGUAAAGAGCAAGAAAGCUCACACCUACCACCAGCCCCGCCUCCAGGAAGAUGAACCCAUCUGGCCUCCUGCCUUUAGCCCUGGCGCCAGGGACCAGGUCCUGAGCAACGAUCCUGUCCUCAGCACCCUGUUCCCGAACCAGCGCCUGGCCUGGACUGACCUCAAACGGGAAACAGAGCUGGAACUGGACCAGAGCCUGACCAGGACGGCCUUGGUGCCAGAGGGCCCCGCUGUGAUGCCCCGAUCCCAGGACAGGGACUCCGACUCACCCCCGUUCUACAAGCCCAGCUUCUCCUGGGAUGCCCUGGCCUCCUCCUAUGGCCACAGCUACCGGCAGGCCCCCUCCACCAUGCAGUCUGCCUUCCUGGAGCGCUCCGUCAGCCUGUAUGGGAGCCCUCUGGUGCCCAGCACUGAGCCGCCCUUGGACUUCAGCCUCCGCUGCUCCCCGGGCAUGGACGCGUACCACUGUAUCAAGUGCAACAAGGUGUUCUCCACCCCACAUGGGCUCGAAGUGCACGUCCGGCGCUCCCACAGCGGGACCCGGCCCUUCGCCUGUGACAUCUGUGGCAAAACGUUCGGCCAUGCCGUGAGCCUGGAGCAGCACACGCACGUCCACUCCCAGGGGAUCCCGGCAGGGCCCGGUCCUGCACCCAGCGUGGCAGUCCCGGGUCUCGAGGCCCCGCCUGCGCCUGACCCCCCGGGGCCUCGUUUCCUCCGGCAGGAGCGCAGCUUCGAGUGCCGGAUGUGCGGCAAAGCCUUCAAGCGCUCGUCCACCCUGUCCACGCACCUGCUCAUCCACUCGGACACGCGGCCCUACCCCUGCCAGUUCUGCGGGAAGCGUUUCCACCAGAAGUCGGACAUGAAGAAACACACCUACAUCCACACCGGUGAGAAGCCACACAAGUGCCAGGUGUGCGGGAAGGCCUUCAGCCAGAGCUCCAACCUCAUCACCCACAGCCGGAAGCACACUGGCUUCAAGCCCUUCAGCUGUGAGCUGUGCACCAAAGGCUUUCAGCGCAAGGUAGACCUGCGGCGGCACCGGGAAAGCCAGCACAAUCUCAAGUGAGGCUGCACCCGCCCCCGGCUCUGGGCCAGCCCGCCCUGAGGUCCCGAGACCCAGAGGGAGGCCGGCCUCGUGCACCCCCCCCCCCCCCCCCCCCCCACCAGUCCCCUGGAGUCGGCACCGGACGGGAAUCUUGCAGCCUGUUUCGAGACUCACGAAAUUGCUGUGUGACCUCGAGCAAGUGGCUUUCCCUCUCUGGACCGACAUGUUCCUGCGGCAAAGGGUGGGGACUGGGUCGGGUCUUUUCUGAGCUGAAGUUGUCUAGAGAUCUAAGAGCUUGGGCGCCUUCCCCAGGGCAGAGCCCAGAAGGCCAGCGUAGCCCCCUGUGGACAGGGGGAGGCCGAGAAUAGACCGGAACUGGGAUCCACAGAGAAAUCUUCCCCCUGCCCGCUGCCCUUUGUGCUGAGAUCUGGUUUUCAGCGGGCCUCUUUCUGGCUGCCACGGAUGGCCAGAGCCGUCUCCUGCCCCAGAGGGAGGCCCGACACCCCUCUGCUUCAGGCAGAGCUGCUGGCACUCAGCUGCCAUGGGGGUUCCAGUUCUGCUUUGAGGCCACGGGGCUGGAGAAAACAGCAGUUACCGCCAUCAAAAGCCCGUCCCUCUCAACUGCCGUAAAUCCAAAUAAAGACACAGCUUUAUUUACAUUUGA